AUGCGGUCAGGAUCGUGGACAGUUAGUGAUGAGGAGGAGCAGGUUGUCGGCUCGCCGAUGGCUCAGGUCACCAGCAACAUGCCAGUUCUCGAGCCUAGACGGGACCUGGGUCCUCCACGAGCACUGCUGAUCGGCGUUUUCGUCCUGCUGUCCCUGUCACGGUGUCACUGCUUCGACUUGGGACAAUGUACCGCGGCACUGGGCAUGGAGAAUGGCGAAAUCCCCGAUGAAGAUAUAUCGGCCAGUUCUAUGUACGAUCCCAGUCUUGGCCCGAAACAUGCCAGGUUGCGACAAGACAAGGGUGGCGGCGCCUGGUGCCCGAAAAAUAUGGUGACGAAGGAGGGCAAGGAGUACCUGGAGGUGAACCUGCACAGUCCGCGUAUACUGACGUCCACCAGGACUCAGGGCAGGUUCGGGAACGGCCAGGGGGUCGAGUACACCGAAGAGUACUUCGUCGAAUAUUGGCGACCGGGGUUCAACAAGUGGGUGCGAUGGAGAAAUCGACGUGGCAUGGAGCUGCUGACGGGCAACAAUAAUCCAUUUUCGGAGAAGGAGCAGAUCUUCGACCCUGCGAUCGUGGCAACGAAAGUCCGUUUCAUCCCUUACACCUCGCACAUGCGAAUGGUAUGCAUACGAGUGGAGCUUUAUGGCUGCCCAUGGACCGAGGGUCUGGUGUCGUAUUCCAUGCCCCAAGGAAUUAAGAGGGGCUCGGAGGUUGACCUUUCCGACAGGACGUACGACGGCAGGGAAGAAGGAGGUUACCUCUCCGGGGGACUCGGUCAACUUGUCGACGGGCAAAAGGGUCCUGACAACUUCAGAUUGGACGUCAGUGGUAACGGGAAAGGGUACGAGUGGGUAGGCUGGAGGAACGACACGCCGAGCAUGCUUGGUCGUCCGGUUGAAUUAAUGUUCGAAUUCGACUAUUCGAGGAAUUUCACUGCCAUACACCUGCAUAUGAAUAAUUACUUCACCAAAGAUGUACAGGUCUUUUCCUACGCGAAGGUUUAUCUUGGCACGGGUGGGAACCAGUUCAACGGCGAGCCUGUCCAUUUCUCGUACAUACCGGACCUGGUGUUGGAACAGGCACGUGAUGUUACCAUAAAGCUCCACUCGCGCGCCGGCCGCUUCCUCAAGCUGCAGCUGUACUUCGCGGCGCGCUGGAUCAUGCUCAGCGAGGUAAUCUUCGAAUCAGUAAUCUCCGAAUGGAACAACACCGACGAUGAGGAGCCGAGGAACAAGAGUGCCAUUGUACUGGCGACCGGCAGUCCCUAUCAGAAUAACGAGGGUCCACUGCAGAGAGACGAAGUAAAGGCCACUUUUAAUAAGGAGGAAAACAACGAUAAUGCCCUUCCAGAUAAGAGCAAAGAGCCGGAAUCCAAGCAGUUCGUGGGCCUCGUGAUCGGGAUCCUGACCACCGUGAUCGUGAUGCUGCUGGCUGCCAUCAUGUUCAUCUUCUACAGGAAUCGAAGGCUGAAAGCUGCCCUCGCGCCUUCGACGUUCUACGACCAGCACGGAGACCUGAAGGUCUCCGUGCAGGAGGAGGGCGAGGACAAGGGACCAAUUUGCCCUCCGCUUCCGGCGCAGUACCACCCGGCCGCCUACACCACGACGACACCGCAACUACACAAAACUAUCACGGAUUACAGCGGGAUCACGGAGGUGCAGCCGGUUAUUCCGCUGUUGCUGAACACGGCGAUCAAUCUUGCCAGGCCAAUUCCGCCGGUUCAAGAAUAUCCAUCUAAUCCGCCGCCCAUACCGCCGCCACCGGAAAAGUAUUACGCCAGCACGGAGAUCUGUAAGAAUUCGCUGCCACCGCUGCCGCCAUCGCCGACACCGAGCACGCCGCCACCAAUGAGCGCGAAAGCCUCCAGCAGCAUGACAAGCUACAGUCCCGAGGAUAUGCUUACGGAGGAGGAAGACGAGGUGCCCGAGUGCAUCUUAGACUUCCCUCGGGAGAAGCUCAACAUCGUUGAAAACCUCGGCUGCGGAUACUUCGGCGAUGUUCACAUUUGCGAGGUCGACAGGUUUCCCGGGUACGACGAAGUUUUCCGGAACACCAGCAGCGACCUGGUGAUCGUUAAGUCCUUGAGACCUGGAUCCACGGAUGCGCUUAGGAUAGAAUUUCAACAGGAGGCAAAAAGGCUGGCACGGCUGGCCGAUCGGAAUGUCGCGCGGCUACUCGGCGCCAGCCUCGAAGACGACCCCAUGUGCAUCGUAUUGGAAAACGGCGAGUACGGGGAUUUGAAUCAAUAUCUGCAGAGCCACAUCGCUGAAACGUCCACCGUGCACACUGCUAAGACCCUCAGUUUCGGCACGUUGGUUUACAUGGCCACGCAAAUAGCAUCCGGCAUGAAACACCUCGAGGAAAUGGACUUCGUGCAUCGGGAUCUCGCCACAAGAAACUGCCUGGUGAGCCGCGGUUUUUGGGUGAAAGUAUCGGACCUGGGCUCCGGAAGGAACGCCUACGCAGCCGACUACUUCCGGGUCGAGGGCCGACCUCCAUUGCCGAUCAGGUGGAUGGCCUGGGAAUCUAUGCUGAUGGGAAGACACACGUCGAAGAGCGACGUCUGGUCCUUCGCCGUGACGCUCUGGGAGAUCCUGAGCUUCGCGAGGGAGCAACCGUUCGAGGAGCUGCCGGAUCAUCGCAUCGUCGAGAACGCGACUUAUUUUUACCAGGAGGACGAUAGAAGGAUUAUUCUAUCGUUGCCAAAGAACUGCCCCAAGGACAUCUACGAGCUGAUGCGAGAGUGCUGGCACCGGAACGACGUGGACAGGCCGAGCUUCCGCGAGAUCCACAUGUUCCUGCAGCGGAAAAACCUCGGCUACAAGCACGCCGACACGAACGACACCUGAUACAGAGAACUAGAAGGCUGGAACCUCAU